AUGAAGCCGGAGAUUGAACAAGAAUUAUCUCAUGUUUUGUUGACUGAGCUUCUGGCUUACCAAUUUGCCUCUCCUGUGAGAUGGAUUGAAACUCAAGACGUUUUUCUGAGAGAUUUCAAUACCGAACGCGUUGUCGAAAUAGGGCCUUCCCCCACUUUAGCGGGUAUGGCUUCGCGUACGAUAAAGGCGAAGUACGAAUCCUACGAUGCAGCACUUUCCUUGCAAAGACAAGUUCUUUGCUACUCGAAAGACCAAAAAGAAAUUUAUUACACUCCAGAUCCUGCUGAUAUUGUGACCGCUGCUGAGGAGUCUCUUCCACCGUCAAAGCCAUCCGACGUAACCGCUGUUCCGGUCAGCCUUCCUUUGCCUGUUGUCAAUCAGCAAGGUACUCCAGAGCAAGCGCAGGUGGCAGUCAACAUUCCUGAUGAGCCUGUUAAAGCCUCGUUGGUUCUGCAGGCAUUAGUUGCCCAUAAAUUGAAGAAACCCCUCAACGAUAUUUCAAUGGGGAAAGCAAUCAAGGAUCUUGUCGGCGGAAAAUCCACUGUCCAGAAUGAAAUUCUCGGUGAUCUAGGUAAGGAGUUUGGAGCUACUCCCGAAAAGCCAGAAGAUUCCCCACUGCAAGAGCUUGCUGAGCAGUUCCAAGAGACAUUUCAGGGCUCAUUGGGGAAACAAUCUUCCUCCCUUAUUGCAAGAUUGAUGAGCUCUAAAAUGCCCGGUGGUUUUUCUGUAGGUGUGGCCAGAAAGUAUCUUCAAUCUAGAUGGGGACUUGGCCCCGGAAGACAGGAUUCGGUUCUAUUGUAUGCUCUUACAAACGAACCGAGCCAAAGGUUAGCUUCAGAAGCUGAUGCCAAAUUAUUUUUGGAUUCUGCCUCCAACUCUUAUGCGUCUCAAAAUGGUAUUACCUUAUCUCAAGCUUCGUCUCAAAGCUCUGGUGGCUCUGGCGCCUCUGCGGUAGUUGAUUCUGCCGCUCUUGAUGCUGCAAUGAAGGAGAACAAAAAUCUUGCUCGUCAACAGUUAGAAACUCUGGCAAGAUACUUGAAUUACGAUUUGAUGAAAGGUGAAAAACUUCUCCUCAAGGAGAAAGAAGCGACUGCUGUUCUUCAGGCCGAACUUGAUUUGUGGGCCGAGGAGCAUGGUGAAUUUUAUGCUUCGGGGAUUAAACCUGUUUUUUCAUCCUUGAAAGCUAGAUCCUAUGACUCGUACUGGAAUUGGGCCAGGCAGGACGCGCUAUCCAUGUAUUUCGAUAUCAUUUUUGGAAAGUUGACUUCUGUGGACAGGGAGACGGUGACUCAAUGCAUUCAAAUCAUGAAUAGAGCUAAUCCAACUCUGAUAAAAUUCAUGCAGUACCACAUUGAUCAUACCCCAACUCAUAAAGGUGAGACAUAUGAGCUCGCUAAGAAACUUGGACAACAACUAAUUGACAAUUGUCGUGAAGUUCUUAACAAAAGUCCAGUUUACAAAGAUAUCUCCUACCCUACAGGACCAAAGACGACUGUGGACGAAAAGGGACAUAUAAUUUAUACAGAAGAAGUGAGACCAGCUGUUAGAAAGCUAGAACAAUAUGUUCAUGAAAUGGCAUUGGGUGGUGAAUUAACGAAAGAGCCCCAGCCGUCCAUUAAAGAUGACCUUUCAAGAAUAUAUAAAGCUAUUUCCAAGCAGGCAUCGGCUGAAAGCAAGAUCGAAUUUCAGAAACUCUAUGCUAAACUGCUAGAUUUUGUUGAUCAGUCAUCCGAAAUUGAGGUUUCCAAAUCCGCUAAGGCCGUUCUUGGUGAUGAAAGUGUCCCUGAAUCCGAUAGUGACACUGAUGAGAUUGCUUCGCUUAAGGAUUAUGCAGAAAUUCACAAGCCUGUUUCAAGUACUAUUCCGCCAGAAACGAUUCCGUUUUUGCACAUACAAAAGAAAGACAGAUUGGGCUUUUGGAGAUAUGAUAAGCAUGCUUCCUCAUCAUAUCUAGAUGGUCUCGAAAAGGGUGCAGUUAACGGCAUAACGUUUAAAGGAAAGUAUGCUCUAGUGACGGGGGCUGGUGCAGGCUCAAUUGGAGCUGAAAUUCUUCAAGGGUUGUUGUCAGGUGGUGCAAAAGUGAUUGUCACUACGUCAAGAUUUUCCAAAACUGUCACGGAAUACUAUCAACGAAUGUAUUCGAGAUAUGGUGCUGCGGAUUCUACGCUAGUGGUUGUACCUUUUAAUCAGGGAUCAAAGCAAGAUAUAAAAUCACUUGUUGAUUAUAUCUAUGAAGACGGGAAAAAGGGUGGACUUCAAUGGGACUUGGAUUAUGUGAUCCCAUUUGCUGCGAUUCCAGAAAUGGGAAUCGAGAUCGAUGCCAUUGACUCCAGAUCUGAAUUAGCUCAUCGGAUCAUGCUAACUAAUUUGCUGAGAUUACUAGGGGAGAUUUCGUCAAAGAAAAAGGAUAGAAAUAUUCAGACUCGUCCAGCUCAGGUAAUUCUCCCUCUAUCUCCCAAUCAUGGCACUUUUGGCUCCGAUGGUUUAUACUCGGAGUCCAAGCUUGGACUUGAAACUCUCUUCAACAGAUGGCACUCAGAGUCGUGGUCAUCCUAUUUAACCAUUUGCGGAACAGUGAUCGGUUGGACUAGAGGAACGGGCUUAAUGUCAGGAAACAAUAUCAUUGCAGAGGGAAUUGAAAAGUUGGGCGUUCGCACUUUCUCUCAAAAAGAAAUGGCAUUCAACAUUCUGGGUCUAAUGACUCCGGAAGUCAUGAAGCUUUGUGAGGAAGCUCCGAUUAUGGCGGACCUCAAUGGUGGACUGCAAUUUGUGGAAAAUCUCAGAGAAUAUACCAACAAAUUAAGAUCGGAUAUCAACAGAACCUCCGAUGUUCGCAGGGCCGUUAGCGUGGAAACUGCUAUCGAACAUAAGAUUGUCAAUGGAUCUGGUGCAGACGAUCCAUUCAAUAAAGCAGAGAUCAAACCAAGGGCUAACAUGAAAUUUGAAUUCCCAAAUCUGAAGUCUUACAAGGAGCUGAAAGCGCUGGCUCCAAAUCUUGAGGGCAUGCUCGAUUUGGAAAGAGUAAUUGUGAUCACAGGCUUUGCCGAGGUUGGUCCUUGGGGAAGUUCUAGAACUCGAUGGGAAAUGGAAGCUUGUGGUGAAUUCUCCUUAGAAGGUUGUAUUGAGAUGGCUUGGAUUAUGGGAUAUAUCAAGUAUUUCAAUGGCUCCAUCAAAGGAAAGCAGUACACUGGCUGGGUUGAUGCGAAAACCAAUCAACCUGUGGAUGAUAAAGAUGUCAAGAAGAAAUAUGAGGAGGACAUUCUAAAACAUUCCGGUAUCAGACUUGUGGAACCAGAACUGUUCCAUGGCUAUGAUCCAAAGAAAAAGAAGUUCAUUCAAGAAGUGGUUGUUCAGCACGAUCUUGAGCCGUUCGAGACCGAUAAAGCUACUGCAGAGCAAUACAAAGCUUGGCACGGGGAUCACGUUGAAUGCUUCCCAAUCGAAGGUGCCGAGGAAUACUCUGUUAGAGUUUUAAAGGGGGCCAAACUUUACAUUCCUAAGGCUCUGAGAUUUGAUAGGCUAGUUGCUGGACAAAUCCCAACUGGGUGGGAUCCUCGCACAUACGGUAUUGAUGAUGACAUCAUUUCACAGGUUGACCCGAUAACACUUUACGUUUUGGUCACGGUCGCCGAGACACUCCUGAGUUCGGGUAUUACUGAUCCAUAUGAGUUUUACAAGUAUGUUCAUGUGUCCGAGGUUGGAAAUUGUUCUGGCUCGGGAAUGGGUGGAGUUUCGGCUCUCAAAGGCAUGUUCAAAGACAGAUUUUUAGACCAACCGGUUCAAAAUGAUAUUCUUCAGGAGUCGUUCAUCAAUACCAUGUCUGCCUGGGUGAACAUGCUUUUGCUAUCCUCGUCUGGCCCAAUAAAAACCCCUGUUGGAGCAUGUGCGACAGCAUUGGAAUCCGUUGAUGUGGGAAUGGAAACGAUUUUAUCAGGAAAGGCGAAAAUUGUGAUUGUGGGUGGCUAUGACGACUUCCAAGAAGAAGGUUCAUAUGAAUUCGCAAAUAUGAAUGCUACUUCCAAUGCAGAUGACGAGUUUGCUCAUGGACGCACGCCUGCUGAUAUGUCCAGACCUACCACCACUAGCAGAAGCGGCUUUAUGGAAGCUCAGGGCUCAGGAUUGCAGAUUUUGAUGACAGCAGAAUUGGCUCUUAAAAUGGGCGUCCCUAUAUAUGGUAUCGUUGCGAUGGCAUCCACGGCAAGUGAUAAAAUUGGAAGAUCUGUGCCUGCACCUGGAAAAGGUAUCCUUACCACUGCUAGAGAGCAUCACGGAGAUUCUAGGUUCACAUCCCCUAAACUGGACAUCAAGUACAGAGCAAGACAGCUCAAAGCAAGAACUUCCCAGAUCAAAACCUGGGUUGAAGACGAAUUAUCUUUGUUAUCGGAAGAAGCCAGCGUUCUUGCAAAGCAGGAUCCCUCCUUUGAUCAAGAAAGGUUCCUGGCUGAACGGGCUGAAGAAAUUCGAAAAGAAGCCAAAUGUCAAAUCAAAGAAGCCCAAAGAAUGUAUGGUAACGAGUUCUGGAAAAACGACCCUCGCAUUGCACCAAUUAGAGGUGCAUUGGCCACAUUCGAUCUAACGAUCGAUGAUUUGGGUGUGUGUUCUUUCCAUGGAACGUCUACUAAAGCAAACGAUAAGAAUGAGACUGCGGCCAUCGAUAAGAUGAUGAGCCAUUUAGGACGUACGGAAGGAAAUCCUGUGUACGGCGUUUUCCAAAAGUAUUUGACUGGGCACCCUAAGGGUGCUGCUGGUGCGUGGAUGCUUAAUGGUGGCUUGCAAAUUUUGCAAACGGGUGUGGUUCCGGGAAACAGAAAUGCCGACAAUGUCGAUAAAGUCCUGGAGAACUAUGAUUAUGUUCUCUUCCCUUCGAGAACAAUAAAGACGGAUGGAAUAAAAGCAGUUUCGGUAACCUCAUUUGGUUUUGGACAGAAAGGUGCUCAAGCGAUUAUUGUGAAUUCUGACUAUCUUUAUGCGGCUCUUUCUGAAAAAGAGUAUCAACAGUACCAAAAGUUGGUCCAAACGAGAUACAAGAAAGCGUACCGUUACAUGCACAAUGCCAUGUUAACAAACUCUCUCUUUGUUGCGAAAACGAAGGCGCCUUACACAGAUGACUUAGAAGAGUCGGUGUAUCUGGAUCCUCUUGCACGUGUUACGGCAACCAAAGAAAAUAAGCUUACUUUCAAAGAAUCUGAAAUUCAGUCUUCUACACUGUCCAAUGGUCUCUCGACAGAAACAGCUGAGCUGCUCAAGAACAUGGCCAGUAGACUGACUGGAGAAAAAGGCGUGGGUGUUGACGUGGAGCUACUCUCCGCCAUCAACAGUGAAAACGAAACGUUUUUGGAAAGGAACUUCACAGAUACUGAGAUCCAAUACUGCGCAUCAUCUUCGUGCCCAAGGGCGUCUUUUGCUGGAACCUGGUCUGCUAAAGAAGCAGUUUUUAAAUCAUUGGGCGUCAAGUCCAAAGGGGCUGGUGCGUCUAUGAAAGAUAUUGAAAUUAUUCGGGAUAUCAACGGAGCUCCAUCAGUCAGACUCCAUGGGGAAGCCAAUGUUGCCGCUUCCGAUCAAGGGGUAAAAGCAAUCAAGGUUUCUAUUUCGCACGAUGAUAUUCAAUCUAUUGCCGUUGCGAUAUCAGAGUUCUGA